CUCACCAGGAGAGUCGCGAAACCUUGCCAUUCUCAGCCACCCAUCGCGGCAGUCGCAGCCAUGUCCUCACCGGUGAAAGUUCUUACCGUUGGGUCAGCCGUCGGCUGCAUCAAAGAACUUUUCGCCAAAAUCAAAGCCAUUGACGCGAAGCACGGCAAGUUCGACUUCGCCAUCUGUGUAGGAGACUUCUUCGGCGCGCCAAAAGACGCCACGCAAGACUACACGGAGGACCAUGAACUUAUACAGCUGCUGGAGGGGAAACUGGAAGCUCCUAUGGAAUGCUACGUCAUGCAGGGCGAACACCCCUUGCCGCCCCCAGUCAUUGAGAAGUUCGCGAAGACGGGCGGUGUGUUGAGCCAGAAUGUCUUCCUCCUCCACAAGUCCGGGGUGUUGAGCACGGCGCAAGGAAUCCGUAUCGCCUGCUUGGGCGGUGUGUACGACUCCAAUUUAUAUACGGCGUCUGAAACUGCCCAUGGGUUUACCUCGCCCUACUUCACGUCGCAAAAUGUCGAGAAACUACUUGCCAACACGAUGACCAGCUCCAAACCGCAAGAACGAAACUAUACAUCCCUCGCUUCCAUCGCAUCCGCAACCACCCCCUCCCAGCUCGUGGACAUCCUCAUCACUAACGCGUGGCCCGCUGGAAUCGCCCAUCUCUCCUCUGCACCGCUCCCCGCACCGGAGCUAUCUGCUAUCGGCGUAGAACCCGUCGGCGAGGUGGUGCGAAAGACCAAGCCACGGUACCACUUCGCCGCCGGGGGCGGCCAUCCGCCCAGGUUCUGGGAGCGGGAGCCGUUCCUGUGGGAGGACGAGAACGGGCGCGUCAGCAGGUUCGUCAGUCUCGGCGCGUUCGGCGGCGAGCAGCCAUCCGGGAAGAAGCAGCGGUGGUUCUACGCGUUUUCGAUAGCGCCGCUGUCGCCGACGAGCGAACCGCCGCCAAAACCCGCAAAUGCGACGCAGAACCCGUUUUUGCACCGCGCGCCGAAGCGUGCGCUUGCUAUGGAUUCUGGCGACGAUUAUCGGUGGGGUAACCAGCAACAGCCUGGGAAGCGGAGUCGGACGGAUGGGCCAUCCGACAAGCCACCACCAGGUUACAAAUGCAAAAUAUGUGAAUCCGCCGAGCAUUUCAUAUCCGAAUGUCCUGACCGGGAGAAGCCGCACGAGGGAUACAUCUGCCGCGUCUGCAACGAGCCCGGCCACUUUGUUCGCGACUGUCCUGUGAAGAAUGCGGUGGGCGAUACCGGCGGCAAAAAGCCCCGUGAGGGAUACGUCUGUCGCGCAUGCGGCAGUGAACUACACUUCAUCCAAGAUUGUCCCGUUGCCAAUCAGACAGGAGGUCGCCAAGGCGGCGGGAGACGAGCGCCGCCGAAACCUAUUGCGCCGGACGAGUGCUGGUUCUGCCUGUCGAACCCAAAUCUGGCCAAACAACUUAUUGUGUCCAUCGGGACGGAGUGCUAUGUGACACUUCCGAAGGGCCAAAUCAUUCCCACACACCAGGGCGCGAACCACCCGAACGCACCCCCUGUACCCGGCGGCGGGCACGUCCUCAUCGUGCCCAUCACGCAUUACCCUACGUACCUGUCCAUCCCGCCAGACUUAGCCGAUCCUAUUCUCGACGAGACAGAGAAGUACAAGACCGCACUGCGCGCGCUAUACGCCAAACAUAACGCGGUCGCAGUCUGCUUCGAGGUCGGGCGGAUAAGCGCGAAGGGCGGACACGCGCACGUGCAGGUCGUGCCCGUGCCGAGCAAGCUCCGGAACGCGGUCGAGGACGCAUUCCGCGAGGAGGGCCGCGCGCUCGGCGUCGAGUGGGAGGAGGACGCGGACGAGGCGCUGCGCGCGUGUGCGGGCGGGCGCGGGAGCUACUUCCGCGUCGAUUUGCCCGACGGGCGCAAGAUGGUGCACUUGAUCAGGGAGCGCGGGCCGUUCAGCAUCCAGUUCGGGAGACAGGUGCUGGUGUCGAUCCUGGGGAUGGCGGAUCGGUUUGAUUGGAAGGCGUGCACGCAGCCAGAAGAGGAGGACACGGAGGACGCGCAGGCGUUCAAAGCCGCGUUCUUGUCAUUCGACCCUUCGUUGGAAUGAUCGGUAGACCCAUUUGUACAUGUGUACUGCAUUGUUGCUAUCGUGUGCUUCAUAUGCGGAUGUUAUGAUAGUGCUCUCAGUCGGCAUGAAUGUUACAGUGGGAGAAAUAUGCUACAGAUCGCGGUAUAUAGGGUGCUACAUCUUAUACAAGAAAGCGAGUAUAACACGUUCACUCGAGCGUACUGGCUUCUGACAACGACCCCUCCUCUGAGUCGGGUUCUUCCGGGUACAUUUCGCCACUGGCAUCAGCAGGCUGGUCCAUGUCUUCCAUAUCCGCAUCGAGAUCCUGGUCCUCUUCUUCCUCCUCCUCAGUCGAGUUCUCGUCCUCAUCCAUAAGCGAGUUGUUGUCCCCAGUAUGUUCAGUGCCCUCCGAGCCCUCAGACGCGUCCUCCGCAUCGUUCUUCUCCUCGUGCUGCGUCCAGGUUCGGCCAAUGGGAAUGAGGUAGCUGUAUCCCCUGUUCUUAAUUUCGAGGGUCUGGUCGUCGACCGCAUUCUCCUCGUCGCUCAGCUCCUCCAUCUCGCGCCAGAGGUCGCGGUAGUUGAUGAACCGCUCCCGGCGCUGCAUCGACGGCGCCGGGGGGAUCGGGUGCGGGUGCGGCGGUAAUGGCAGCAGGCGCGGAAAUAUGGGACUGCGAGGCAGCACGGUUGGCGAAGCGACGGACAUGGUGGUGGUCGG